AUGGGGAACGGCGGUGAUGUAACCGCGCGGUUGGAGCGCAUUCCUCAUCACUCCCUUCGCAUUGCGUCGGCCAACUUAAUGCAUUGUUGCCUUCGGUUGAAUGCGCUCCUGCGGCACAUGAGUGAGAUGGUUGAAUGUUGGGAUGUCAUUGCUCUUCAAGACCUUCCCAAAGAGUUUCCGUGGAAGCAAACCCCUGGCUAUGAUUUGUUCUAUUGGGCAAAUCGUGAGCUAGAAGAAAGCGACAAGCCACCCCCAUCAUGGGACUCCGGAAAGAAGCCUGAUACGACACAGGUUCAGGAGGAUGAUGGCACUGAGCCCAAGGAGCCCGUGCAGCUUGGCUUUGUGGGAUUCUAUGUUGCUCAGUACAUCUCAUCCUUGAAUUGGGCCAUCAGCAGGCCACCUGAUGGUGUCAACAGGGAGCUGGUCGCAACGCUUCACCUUACCACUGAAGAUGCGAUAAUCGAUAUCCACAACAUCUAUAACCACCACGAUCGGCUUGACCUGGACGAGCUGUUCUCCUACACCGCGGGGUCCGAGUACAUGAUUUUCGUGGGCGAUUUCAACAUCGAGCAUCCUGGUUCAAAAAAGAGAAGUGCUAAGUCCCUAGUCUUGGGACAGAUGAUGGAGGGCGCGGGGAUGGAGUGUUUGACACCUAGUGAUAAAAUCACAUACUCACGCUCCCUCCCAAAGAAGGACGGUCUCCAUUCUUCAACCAUCGAUCUCAUCUUUCUGAGCGAGGCCCUUCUUGAUCGUGCCCCCGAUAGAGAGGGAGCCUGCCAGGUAUUGAACGUCAGAGGAUUUGAGACUGAUCAUCGCGUCACUGAAACGACCAUCAACAUAAAGCCCAUUGAGGCGGUUGGCGUUCAGUACCUCUGGAAACUUCUCAACCAAGACCAGUUCCGAGAAGCUAUGCGAAAAGCGCUCGAAGCGCUGGGAUUCCCUACCAUCCGGACUCAGGGGCAAAUCGAGAAGUACACAGUGGCCGUGUUGAACGCGAUAUCAUCAGUUGUUGAAAGCCAAGCGCAGACCAGGCGACGGAGCUCCUCUCGCCAUUACCAAGCUCCGCUGCCCCCUGAACUCGAGGAGCUGAUGGAGAAGGAAGCUCAACUGCUUCGGGAGUAUGGGGAGAACGAAAGUCCACAGACCCUCGGAGCUUGGCACAACGUGAGACAGCACGUCGGUAGACUACAGCAACGCGUGAGCGCGGAAGGGUACCGCCAAGCAAUGACAGACAAGGCGGCCAAGCCGAAAAACACGGUCCACAGAGAUUAUCGUCAGUCCGCCCGACGGAACCAGCCUCGCAACCCACCCAUAGUACCCCCUCUCGAAGUCGACGGUCGUCGAUUUACGAGGCCCGAGGAACAGGCAGAGUGUUUCGUGCAUAGCAUUUGGACCGAGGCUCAUCCCGUCCAAGAGAAGCAACCCCGAAGGCGGCGACGGAUACGCCGGCCAGUUCGCCCGUCACUCAAUAUCGUCUACCGCGGCUGGUCCUUCCCCCAGUUAGAACACCUGCCGAGAUUUGUGCGGCGUAGGGUCGUCAGCCUCCUAGGCUUUGAUAUCACUGGGGCAUACGACCGGAUUCCUUGUGAACAGCUUCUUGAAGCACUUUUGAAGAAGAGAGUUCCCUACUGGAUUGUCUUGUUUUGUUGGUCCUUUCUCUCAGACCGCACCACAAACCUACGGUUUCCCGGCCAUGAGUCGAAGCGCUAUGCAAUCCAUGUCGGCAUUCCACAGGGGAGCCCGCUUUCUCCCAUCCUCUUUCUGUUCUUCAUCGCUGGGCUUCUCGAGUCACAUGAUGGGCUUUUACAUCCCUACGGCCCUGACGUGGAGUUCUACAGCUUUGGGUACGCCGACGAUCACUACAUCGUCGCCAUUUCCCCUGACUACCAGACCAAUUGUGACGUGUUUCGGACCGUGACCGAUGUGAUUAUGGGAUGGGCGAGAAAGAACGACGUCACAUUCAACCCAGCCAAGUACAUUGUCAUGCACUUUCGUCGGCAACGCACUUUCGACCUACGGAGCGUCGAGCGGGUGCUGUGGAGGGGGAAUGCGAAAGACAGAAGGGCGCAUAACUUGCAUCACAAAACAGCCACGACGCCGUUGUUGCUCAAGCCCGUAUCUGACGCAUUGCCGGCUAUGGAGGGAGUAACAUCGGAAGCUCUCGUCACGCAAGCGAGGAUCCUCGGUGUCAUCGUUGACGACGAGCUCACCUGGGGCCCUCAUAUCAAUCGGCUGAAGACCAAGGUAUAUACCAAGCUGGGCUACAUGAAGCGUAUUAGCGGGCCGACAUGGGGCAAGACAUUAUGGCAGAUGAGGCAGCUCUAUUUGACCUCAAUACGCUCCGUCAUCGCCUACGGCUGCGGUGCAUGGUUCUUACCGCCGGGCGAGGACCAAGUCAAGUGGCGGUUGACCAAGAAUCGAAUGGCACAGCUUGAGAGACUGCAAUACCACUGCCUAUUAAUCGUAUCGGGAGCCAUGCAAAGAACUUCACGUCAAAUGUUGCUCACUGAGUUGGGUAUACCCAGUCUGGAAGUCUACCUCGGCCAACAGGCCAAGAUCUACCGCAUGCGAAUGAUCGAUACUCCUGCGUAUGAUGAGCUCGAGCGGAUUCGCUUGAGAUUCCCUCUCAUGAAGGUAAAGGCUGCACGCGACAGCCAUCCCUUCUAUCUCCUAUUCUGCGAGGCCCGUGGCCUAAGGCGAUUGGUAGAGGAGAACGAAUUCACAAAAUUGAAAGCGAAACAAAAGAACUUCUCUCCUAGCCGAGACCAGCUCCGGAAAGCCAUUAAACGCUUCGUCUCGAGGAUCUCGGGUGCCAGGUCCAAGUCAGAGUGGAAAGCAUACGUUGACGCGCAUGAAAAUGGCCUUCGUACCUACAUGGACGGUUGGGUUGAUCACCCGGGCUUUCAGUUACUCAGGCCGCAGUGGCAUCCCAACAACUUCAAAUUAUAUAAAGACCUUCGGCGUGCCGAGAGCACGAUUCUUCUACAGUGCCGUACUGGCUGCAUCGCACUCCGCGAUUACUUACACUCCAAACGCCGCAUCACCAACGACGAGAUCCCUGAUGCGCAGUGUCCAUGCGCUACCGGCAAGCACACUGCGCUCCAUUUGUUUCUGAAGUGUCCAAACUUGGACCGUGCAAGGCAGGGCCUGGCGGCCCAGUUGCGACAGUAUGAUCUUUCAGACCAACUAGGGGGGUUACUGGGAAAACCAAAGGAAGCAGGAAUCCUCGCGCGGUGGGCAGUUAAACAUUUCGGGAUUGAGCAAUUCAAGUGCGUGCCGCCGCCAGACAAGAAGGGUAAUACGAACCACAAACGCAAGCAUCACAACGCGCAGCAUAAUGCGCAGCACAAGGCGGAGCACAGACGUAAGAAACUGAAAACACAUCACCAGUGA